CGCCGAGGAGCCACCGCCCCCUCGCCGCCUGGCCGCUGCUUCAGAGAACCGCGGCGGCGCCGGGUUGCACUGAUGAUCCCCGGCAGGCGGCGGCGACAGAGGCGGCGGGAGGAUGACCUCUCCCCGCGAGCGGGGUGCCGAUCUGGCCCGAUUCUACACUGUCACGGAGCCCCAGCGACACCCGAGGGGCUACACGGUGUAUAAGGUCACCGCCCGGGUUGUUUCACGAAGAAAUCCAGAGGAUGUCCAGGAGAUAAUCGUAUGGAAGAGAUAUAGUGACUUUAAGAAACUGCACAAAGAACUAUGGCAAAUUCACAAAAACUUAUUUCGACAUUCAGAAUUGUUUCCUCCAUUUGCUAAAGGAAUAGUGUUUGGACGAUUUGAUGAAACUGUUAUAGAAGAGAGGAGACAGUGUGCUGAAGAUCUGCUGCAGUUCUCUGCCAACAUUCCUGCUCUUUAUAACAGUAAACAGCUUGAAGAUUUUUUCAAGGGUGGGAUAAUCAAUGAUGGCUCUGAAUUGAUUGGUCCUGUUGAAGCUUAUCCAGAUUCCCUCACUGAUAGCUUUCCUGAGUGCAGCACAGAAGGUUUCUCCAGUGACAGUGAUCUGGUAUCUCUGACUGUUGAUGUGGAUUCUCUUGCUGAGUUGGAUGAUGGAAUGGCUUCCAAUCAAAAUUCUCCCAUCAGGACUUUUGGUCCCAAUCUUUCUUCAGAUUCUUCAGCACUAGGAGCUGUUUUUUCUGACAGUGAACAGAACAAAACAGAAGAAGAACGGGAAAGUCGUAGCCUUUUUCCUGGCAGUUUAAAAUCCAAGCUUGGCAAGAGAGAUUAUUUGGAGAAAGCAGGAGAAUUAAUAAAGCUGGCUUUAAAAAAGGAAGAAGAAGAUGACUAUGAAGCUGCCUCUGAUUUUUAUAGGAAGGGAGUUGAUUUGCUCCUGGAAGGUGUUCAAGGAGAGUCAAGUCCCACCCGGCGAGAAGCUGUGAAGAGAAGAACUGCAGAAUACCUCAUGCGAGCAGAGAGUCUCUCUAGCCUUUGUGCGAAACCUCAACUUGAUGAUGUGUCUCAGCCUCCAGGAUCACUAAGUUCAAGGCCCCCUUGGAACCUAAGGAGCCCUGCCGAGGAGCUGAAGGCCUUCAGAGUCCUUGGGGUGAUUGACAAGGUUUUACUUGUAAUGGACACAAGGACAGAACAGACAUUUAUUUUAAAAGGUCUAAGGAAAAGCAGCGAAUGCAGCAGGAACAGAAAGACCAUCGUCCCCCGCUGUGUGCCCAACAUGGUGUGCCUGCACAAGUACAUCGUUUCCGAGGAGUCGGUGUUUCUUGUGCUGCAGCACGCGGAAGGUGGCAAACUCUGGUCAUAUAUCAGUAAGUUUCUCAACAGAAGUCCUGAAGAAAGCUUUGACAUUGAAGAAAUGAAAAAGUCUUCAGUUGCUAAAGUUCACCUGCAACAGCCGACUUGUAGUUCCCAGGACAGCACCAGCUUUGAAUCCAGAGGAAGUGAUGGUGGAGCCACUCUCCAAGUUCUGCCUUUGAAGACUAGUCUUACUCCAAGCUCUCAAGAUGAUAGCAACCAAGAUGACGGUGGGCAAGACAGCUCUCCCAAAUGGCCAGACUCUGGCUCAAGUUCCGAAGAAGAAUGUACUACUAGUUAUUUAACAUUAUGCAAUGAGUACGGGCAAGAGAAGAUUGAUCCAGGGUCUUUGAGUGAGGAACCUUUCAUGAAGACUGAAAGGAAUGAUGUUGAUACCAAAGCUAUAGAAAACUUCCCAGGACAGCUUGCUACUGACAGCGACAGCCCCAGCAGACAGCUGAAGUUCUUCCCUGGAGAUGAUGGCCUUGAAGCAGCUAGUUCUCCAAGAACAUCAGAUUCCCUCAGUAGAUCUAAAAACAUCCCCAUGGAAUUCUUUAGGAUAGAUAGUAAGGACAGCACUAGUGAACUCGUAGGACUUGAUUUUGGAGAAAAAUUGUAUAGUCUAAAGUCAGAACCUUUGAAACCGUUCUUCACUCUGUCGGAUGGAGAGAGCACUCCCAGGAGUGUUAGUACUCGUGAAAGCAAGGUAGAAAGUGUAGCUCAGGACACUAUUAGCAGGGGCUCAGAUGACUCAGUCCCCGUUAUUUCUUUUAAAGAUGCUGCUUUUGAUGAUGUCAGUGGUACUGAUGAAGGAAGGCCUGAUCUUCUUGUAAAUCUACCUGGUGAACCGGAGCCAAUGAAAGAUGGCAUGGCAAUGGGACCUACUAAGUUCACACAGACUAAUAUAGGCAUAAUAGAAAGUAAACUGUUGGAAACCCCUGAUGUUUUAUGCCUCAGGCUUAGUACUGAACAGUGCCAAGCACAUGAAGAGAAAGGCACAGAGGAACUGAGUGAUCCCUGUGGGCCUAAAGCCCAUGGUAUAACAGAGAAACACUACAUACAGGGGGAUGUUGGGAUGUUAUUUUUACCGGCUGUUGAUCACAGUGAUAUGGGAGACAUGUCUUUGUUACACAGUUCAGAGUCUAAGUUCCAAGGACUUAGCGUGGUUGAGUCACCAGGAAGUGCAAACAACACAGAAGAAAGCUUAUUCCACAUUUCUGACCCACUCUCAGGUGCUAAUGAAUAUAAUGCAAAUACAGACACUUUAAAAACUGAAGAAGUCUUGCUGUUUACAGAUCAAACCGAUGAUUUGGCUAAAGAGGAACCCGCUAUAUUUCAGAGAGACUCAGAGCCUAAGGGAGAGAGUGGGCUAGCACAAGAAGGAGACAAGGAAAUACAUCAGAUUUUUGAGGACCUUGAUAAAAAAUUAGCACUCAACUCCAGGUUUUACAUCCCGGAGGGCUGCAUUCAAAGAUGGGCAGCUGAAAUGGUGGUAGCCCUUGAUGCUUUACAUAGAGAGGGGAUUGUGUGCCGCGAUUUGAACCCAAACAACAUCUUAUUGAAUGAUAGAGGACACAUUCAGCUAACGUAUUUUAGCAGGUGGAGUGAGGUUGAAGAUUCCUGUGACAGCGAUGCCAUAGAGAGAAUGUACUGUGCCCCAGAGGUUGGAGCGAUCACAGAAGAAACUGCAGCCUGUGAUUGGUGGAGUUUGGGUGCUGUCCUCUUUGAACUUCUCACUGGCAAGACUCUGGUUGAAUGCCAUCCAGCAGGAAUAAAUACUCACACCACUUUGAACAUGCCAGAAUGUGUCUCUGAAGAGGCUCGCUCACUCAUUCAACAGCUCUUACAGUUCAACCCUGUGGAGCGGCUUGGUGCUGGAGUUGCUGGUGUUGAAGAUAUCAAAUCUCAUCCAUUUUUUACUCCUGUGGAUUGGGCAGAACUGAUGAGAUGAACAGAAUGCAGUGUUCUCGGCACACAUUCUGGCCUUCUCUGCGACAAGCAUCUCUAGCACGGAGGCAGCUCGCCUCACACUCACUUACGGGACACCAAGCAUUGGGAUUAAGAGCUUUAGAGGAAAUGGAGAGAAAAGGCCUGAGAGAGAACAACUCCUUUACAGUUACUGUCUGGACAAGAUGCCUUUGCAAGGAGCUGUUAUAUAUAAACCAAGGUGUGAUGUUUAUUUUAUCUGCAUUUAGUGGUGCAGGUCAGUUGUAAACCCAACUAAAAGAGGAAUGCCCUUUGAGAACUUCCUCUGAGAUGAAGCUCCAAGUGUAGAAUGAAGUGUUAACUUGAAAGGAUGACCUUUACAUGGCAGCUGACUGUGCUUUUCGCUAACCAAGAUAUGUAUACUAAAAGUGCUUCACAAGUAAUGGCAUCUAUGAAGCUUAAAAAAUGAGAAAGAAUAUACACAUCAUGUCUGAUAGGAAACCUCAACCACAAUGCUAUAUAAUUAAUGUAUAUCAAAUGUGGUCCCAUAUUCAUUCUUUCUGAAGUCCACAUAAGGAAAAAACACUUCCUGUUGUCAACGCUAUACUUUCUUGGUUAGUAUUGCUAACAGUAGGGUUCCUAUGAGCUCUCAGCUCUCUCUCUCUAUCUUUCCACUUGCUACACCCUUUGCCUAUUGUCGUAUUCUGUUCUUCCUACCCCUACUAAUACAUAGGCAGCCAAAAAGGGAAGGGAGUAUUUAUUUCCCCAAAUUGUAUCAACCUAAUAAGAACUAAAGAAUCAUGAUGUAAAAUAAAUGUGCUAAAAACUGAAGUCUCUCUUUCUUUUAAUUGCUUACAAUUUUUUUUUCUAUUCAAAGACCUCUCUUCCUUUCAUUUUGAAAGGUUAGCAAUUUCUGCUUCUUACUGUGUUUGACUUCGUUUUAGUUCUUUGGCUGAGUAUCCUAAGAACCAAAGGAUCUCAUCUCAGUGGGAUUGAAUGGCAAUCCUAUUUUGUUACGUAUUGACAGGAUUUCUAGAUUUGACCUCCUCCUCUACUUGACAUUGUGUUGAAAGAACAUGAGUAUUUAUAUGUUUGUGUUUGUUAUUUCUUUCUGUUGCUAAGACAGCUCCUAUAGUCAUACUGUGUUUACAACAGAAUACAAACUUUUUAAGUUAAUGCCUGUUUUUUUUAAACUUUAUCCAAAGAUGAAAGAAUAAGUCAUCAUUUCCAAAUGGUGCCACAAACACAAUGAAAGUUUUCUGUAUGUUUUAAUUCUUUGUAUUUUCAAGAUCUGUGACAGAGCCUAUCCCCACCCCAAGAGCCUCUGUGCAGCUUCCAGCUGCCAUUGGCCAGGUCCGCCCAUCACAUUAAAUGGAGGCAGAAAAUGCUUUAGUGGAACGAAGGAAAUGUGCAAGCAUUUUUCCUUGUUCUGUUAUCCUACUCCCCCAUUUUCCUUUUUGGUCCCCUUAUAACCUGAACCCCAGCUGAAGGGCUGCAACAACACCAGGAUGGGGACCAGGUCACCAGGAUCAUAGCUCAGUUGAGAUGACAUCACUCCCUGGAACUGGAUUUCAACUCACCAGCCCCCAGGCCUCAAAACAGGAACUCAUGCAGGUGAGACACAAGAAUGACUUCCUGUGUAGGACUAGUAGGAAAUCUGCAAGUAGUUAGAGUUGGUCAUUACAGAGCUUCCUUCCAGAAGUGCCCUAUGGCAUGAAAGAGGACUUCACAGCUAAGGUGAAGCUCCCAGCCCUACCGUGUGACUUUCGUCCCUGGGUUCAAAGGACAGUGUUAACAGAUGGAAUUGUGUUGACAUAAAUCCGUUGCUUCAGUUUCUCUAUUUCUGUGUUUGGAACUUGUUCUUAAUGUAAAUACAUCAUUCAUAAUCAUGGUGGACAUGAAUUAUAGAGUAAUAAACACACAGGGUAAAUGGC